UCGUUAAAGUAAUCGUUGAUGUCCAAACCUUCGAAAGCUUAUGGCACUGAGCACGCUCAGCACAGCUUCUUGGAUGAGCAUUGGACAACUAGGGAGCUGUAUAGAUCUAAUGGGAGUCAAUGAGCUUCAAGCUGCCUCCACAGUGACAGGCUCUCUCCUCCGUACGGUGGAGCUCUAGUCUGUGGUGAUGUGAUUCCAGAUGCUCCUCGUUCAGUAUUGAGACUACUAGAGAGAGGAGGGUAGUUGUAGACAUACAUAUGUGUAUCUGUCACACCGGAGUUACAUGGCUGCUUCCAUGGAGUCAAGUACUAACACUUUCCAGUGACUACUUUUGGAUGGUGUUUAACUGUACUGUGUAGUAAAAAGCUUCAAGAAGUAUACAUUUUCAAGUUUAUUAAUGUUUGAUCGUAUGGUCAAGAUAAAUAAGAUUCAUUAGUAUUUUCAUAGGUGACAAAAACAAACAAAUGUUUAAUUGUGACACAAUUUUUUCAUAUUAGCAGCACAGUUGACAUGGGAUUGCGACAAAUACACACAGCUGAAAAUGUUUUGCAAUCUUUGUGAAUAGUAAAUGCUGCUAAACAAACAUGGAAGUUACAGCUCUUGAUGUGUGACGAGAUUUGACAGGAUAUAAUUAUCUUGCACAACUUGGGGUGCUUGCGAUCAGUGGCAAUUUGAUCUGAUUGUAUCAGUGAAUGAUACCACAGUGUACUCUGAGAGGGGCGGCCUAGAGGGGAUUGUCCGACAAGUGUUGGCCAUUCGACAGCUUCAAUGACAGUGACAUUUCAAUGUUCGAAGAAUUGUGUGUCUCAUGGCAACCAUGGCAACCAGCAAGAGGGACAUUGAAAAUACCCACAAGACAGGCAGGCUGGUCCAGCAUGCCAGCUAAGGAAAUACCGCAGCAGGAGUAUACACAAAUACGGAUUUAGUCAGACCUACAAACAAAAAGAUCAAGAAUUCAGUGGUAGAUGUAGCACCAGUAGCAUGAGUGUGGAUACUGGAUACUAAAGUUCGCAGGAAAUGGAAUACGGGAUAAUCAGCGGCCAUUUUGGAUUCUCCCUUGUGUUCCUACUGCUGCUCAGAUGUAACGACAUCGCAGGUCAAGGGGGACAUCACUGGGAAACAGGUCCUUGGGGUGCGUGUGAAAAUGAGCGCUGCGGGUUUGGAGGAACACAGUAUCGCGAAGUGUGGUGUCAGAGUGACAGAGGACACCCUGUACAUUAUUCCUAUUGUGGAUCGCUCCACAAACCUUCAGAGUUUGAAACUUGUUAUAAAGACUGCAACGCAGAGAGUGUUAUUCUGGACAAGAACUACGGUGAACGUGACUCUUGGUCACAAGCAGUUGACGUUGUGUGGUCCGUAUCUCCCUGGAGCACUUGCAAACUCUCCCCCGGGAGUAAAGUGUGUGGGAAAUAUAAUGGAGUUCAAACACGAAAAGUUAUCUGUGAACGUCGAGACAGCCAUAUUAAAGUUGAGGAGCACUUAUGUCAAGUACAUGAACGAAAACCAAACAGGACUCAACCAUGUGAAUUGCUAUGUAAGCAAGAUUGUAUAGUUUCUUUAUAUUCCAGUUGGAGUAAAUGUGAUUCAACAUGUCGUAUUCCAAAUCGGUCAAAGACAAGACGGAUUAUCGUGCCUCCAAGACAUGGGGGGAAACAUUGUCAGGCAUUUUCUAUGAUGUUACCUUGUGAAAACUGCACUGAAUCGUACUCAUAUUCCUUGGAACCCUGGGAACCCUGCCAGCCGUUCGAAAACACAUUCAGGGAAAACGUGAAAACUCAUCCUCUCAUUGGAUACCAAAAACGGGUGAUCAACUGCCUCGCCAGCAGAGGCACAAUAACUAAACUCAAGUUUUGCACAGACAAAGUUACCGAGCCCCUUCUUCAUCAGCAUCAAUCCUGCAUCAUUCCACAAGACUGCGUCGUCUCGGGCUGGUCACAGAUAGAGCCAUUCAACAAUAGCUGCUUCGGGGAAAACGGCAUCAACUCGGGGUACAUGAUCCGCACACUGUCAGUGUUACAGCUUCCUCUCGGAAAUGGUCGUCCGUGCCCAGAUAGACUCCAUGAUGUCAUCAAGGUGGAUGUAGACGAUGUUAACAAUCUCAAGCCAUGUAGAAGGGCCAAGUGGAUUGUGUCUGGGUGGAACACGUGCGAGCCGGUCCCUGGUUACUCGCACUGCGGCAUUGGCAUACAGAGCAGGAAGGCCAUCUGUGUCGAGGUGGACGAGGAGGGUCUUGAGCGCCCUGUGUCUGACGUGAGGUGUGACACGGACAAGCGCCCCCUUAUCUCCCAGCGAUGUCACGUUGAGUGCAACUGGCACUGCUCUGUGUCGCAGUGGACGGCCUGGAGCCAGUGUGAGGAUCGGUCCUGUGAUGACAACGGCAAGAAGAGGCAGCUGCCGGACAUCACAGGAAAACGAUACAGGACACGAGAAAUCCUGACCCUGCCCGGCCCCGGGGGGAACCCAUGUCCCCAUCUGAGUGAGACUCAGUCCUGUGUCCCCAAGGCCUGCUUCUACUGGAACACCACCCUUGGGGACUGUGAGCCAUCUCAGAGGGGUGGAUGUGGGGUGGGGCACCGCACACGGCACAGCGUCUGCAGUGACAGGAGUGGGGAGAGAGUGUCUGAGAGCUUGUGCUGGGAACAUGAACGUCGGACGGAGGACUGGGAGGACUGCUACGUGCCAUGUUGGAAUGACUGUGUGUUGUCGGAGUGGGGCGACUGGACCCGGUGCCCCGAGCCCUGCACCGGCAGUGUCCCAACAACCAGGAAGAGGGGGAGGAGGAUCCUGGCCUUCAGUGGGAAAGAUGGUCAGCCCUGUGCCCCCCUUCUAAAGGAGGAGGAGCCUUGCCCCGCCCUGGUGGAGUGUGCCAAGUACCGGUGGAAGCACGGAGACUGGGGCAAGUGUCUCCUGGAAAAGGCCACCCAGAUCUGUGGGCGGGGCAUUCAGCAGAGGGACGUGCAGUGCUACAACCACCUGGGCCAAACUGUGCUUGAGCGGAGAUGUGAGGAUCGUGUGAAGCCCAAACAGUCCCAGACUUGCACAGUGGAGUGUCCUAAAGACUGCCUGGUUACGGAGUGGGCAGAGUGGUCCAGCUGUGGAGUGGAGUGUCUCAACAUCAGGGCACGCCAAAUCCUUCCCAAGCAACAACGUCAGAGGUACAUCUUGCAGUUCCCAGAAGGCAGCGGUACGCCGUGCCCCAACAGUCUGUUUGAGGAGCGCCAGUGCCUCCACCUGCCGAUCUGCGAGCAGUACGAGUGGGAGACGUCGAACUGGAGCAGCUGCAUCCUGCCGCCGGUCGUCCCCUACUGCGGAAAUGGACUUCGUGCUCGGAAUAUCUCAUGUCAGCAUGGCAAUGGAACUAAACACCCUACCAACACAUGUCUGUGGGAAAUCGGUGCCAUGCCCCCGAUAGUGGAGAAGUGCUAUGUGGCAUGUGCCAAGGAGUGUCACAUCUCUGAUUGGUCAUCCUGGGAGAGAUGUGUAGGAGGCUGCAAUGGUUUCAGAUUCCGGACACGCAAACUUUUAGGUGAGAGUCGUUUCAACCCCGUUUGCCGACACAAGUACCAGUUGGACGAGCAGGAGAAGUGCAAGUGCAGCCAGUUGUCUCCCAUGGUGAUCGGUGGCUGGUCGGACUGCAUCCUGGAUGAGAAGGAUGAUGUCAAACAGAGGUUUGCCCAGAUGUCCCUCAAGUCCAUCCGCCAUCGCGACGCCAACGAGUCCAUGAGGAGUGACCCCACGCAGGCGUACUGUGGAAGUGGGAAACAGUUCAAGGCCUACGCAUGUCAAAAUGACAGGAGGGAUAUGGAAAGUGCAGAUAAAUGUUUCAACUCAGAGUACAAGGAGGAGGUGUGCAUUGUGCCGUGUCCGGUGGACUGUGAGAUGACUGAGUGGAGCGACUGGUCGCAGUGCAGCGUCACCUGCGGCUCGGGCAUGCAGCUACGAUUCCGCAGCAUCGCGACGCAGCCGGCGGACGGGGGCAGGAAGUGCCCUUCACUCGAUGGUACCCGCAAGGAGACCCAGAGCCGAGUGUGUCGCUCCCCCUGCGAGUACCACGUCUGGGAGGGGUCCAAGUGGGGCUCCUGUCGGCCCAUGACGGGCACCGGAUGUGGACAUGGGACUCAGUCCAGGGGUGUCAGAUGUAAGACUAUCGGGGAGACGCGACUGGCCGGAACGUUCCCGGAUGACAGUCUGUGUAACCAGCACGAGCGCCUGGAGGAGAACCAAGUGUGUCUGCUGCCCUGCCCCGGCGACUGUGUGUUCAGUGACUGGACAGCAUGGACAGCAUGCACUCAGCCAUGUAAUGGCCGCCAGACUCAGAGGAGGUCUCGCAAUCUUCUUCGGAAACCCGCAUCUUACUUCAUCAAGUCCCACAACAACUGUACCCACAUGGUGGAGCAGCAGCCCUGUGUGAGGGGAGACAACUGCAUCGAGUACUCAUGGCAGCUGUCUGAGUGGACAUCGUGUCUGGUGAACAGUGGGCAUGACGAGUGUGGGGUGGGGCACAAGGAGAGGUACGCAUGGUGCCGAGAUGAACGGGGCCGCACCGUCGACAGCAUCUAUUGUACAAAAAUCCAGGGCGAGGUGACCGAGUCCAUGGUUGUGUCAUGUGAGAUACCAUGUGAUAAUGACUGUCUGCUCUCUGACUGGUCAGACUGGACGCCAUGCACAACAAAAUGUGGCCUUGGUGUUACACAAAGGAACCGGACAGUCAUCGAGAACCCGCUAGGUAAUGGGCGAAGAUGUCCCCCAGAGACUGAACUGCGCCAAUCCAAACCUUGCUUCAAGAAAGGCUGCUAUCGCUGGAUCAUUUCUGAUUGGUCCGAAUGCCAGGCUGAGACUGGAGUUUGUGGAGAGAGCAUCCAAACGCGGAAUGUGUCCUGUGUUGGUGAGGAUGGGUUGGCUGUUGAAACAAACAAGUGCCCAGUGGAUGUGGCAAAACUAGUGAUGAAGACGGUUCAGACAUGCCAUGUGUCGUGUCCAGGGGAGUGUCUCUUGUCCAAAUGGUCCCAGUGGAGUGAGUGCCAUAUCAGCUGCCAAGACUUCAGUCACGAUUCCACCCAGAAUAUCGGGGUCAAGGUUCGAUCCCGGGCAAUCCUGGCGCACCCCCGGCAAGACAAUGUGCCCUGCAGUGAGUUGUUGUGGGAGGAGGAGCCCUGCCACGCCCAGAGAUGCUACUCCUUCUACUGGUUCAACACAAAAUGGAAUCGGUACGGGAAGCGAGAAGUGUGGUGUCAGAGAUCCGAUGGGCUUCAUGUCAUGGGUGCAUGUGAUGAAAGACUAGAACCGCCACAGGUACUCAAAUGCCAGCCACCCUGCCUGGCAGACAAGUCGGAGUGUAGCGAUACCAACGUGUGCCGGUGUCGCGGGGAGCUGGAGGCGCUGUACCACCCGGAUGGCACAAUUGAACUCUGUGUAAUGGACAAGAAUCAAACCACAACGAUCCUCACCACUUCUGUCACUCUGCCAGCGGAUGGCGCCAGCAAUAUCUGGAUGUAUGCUGUGAUCGCAGUGGGCACCAUCUUUGUCAUCUCCGUGGCAGCUGCGCUGUACAACAUGUGUGAGCUGUUCCGUACCGGUCCACGUCCAAGACGUCGUGAUGGCAAAUCCAGCCAAAAUGACAUCAGAGGUUCUCAAAAUAUGAAUGAGAAAAAUGCCGAAAUGGACGCCCUAUACAAGCAGUGCAACCAGUCUACAAAUGACCUGAAUAAAGACCUCGAAAAAGUCCCUGACCACAUGCAGAAUCAAGAGUGUGCAGAAGGAGACCCGGUAUAGAUAUUCAUCCUAUACAAUGCGACGAUGUAGUGCUUCCGACUCGGGGACGGCCGCUGUCAACGGGGGCAAUUCAGUUUACAUCAGUCGGAAGUCUCUCGCAGCCACCACAGACAGGGUUAAUUGAGAAGCGUGUCAGAAAGCAUUGCAUUAAUGGAUGUUCACCUCUGCCCAGCACAUCCUAAACUGCUUGCCAAUUAUUUUGGUUUGGCUUCAAAUACGCUUGGAUACUUCUGUUUCCAAUGUGAAGAAAAAAAGAGAAAUAUCAAAGAGGAUGCACAAGAUGUUACUCUUGCUGAAGAUUUCAGCUGUGACCUGGAAUAGAAGCUUGGGAAAAUGUUAAAUGGAUGAUCUUCCUAGAAGGAAGUGAAAUAUAGAUGAUGGAAUGAUUCUAAUACAGCGUACAAUGUGCCCAGCAACCAGUGUCCGUGUUGGCAAUAUAGUCUCAACACACAAAAUCUUUCACAUACUAGUAAUACAUGUAACAAGCAUUUUAUCAGUUUUAGAAUGACUUCAACAAUGUAAUUACAAGGCAAAAAAAGGUGUACUUUGGAAAUGCUUUCUAGGCAAAUUAAUGUGUUUGUGGACUAGUUUUAUUUGGAAAUUGUUCAUGAACAGUUUAUUGUGUCAGUGAAUAACUAGUUUAAUUUGUAAUUAGAUCAUGAACAGUUUAUUGUGUCGGUGGACAACUAGUUUCAUUUGUAAUUAGAUCAUGAACAGUUUAUUGUAUAGAAACAAAGAAAUACUGGAAUUCAUAUACUUAAAUAUUCUUCAGAAAGGGUGUAUCAUAUUUUGCUGUAUUUUGAUAGUUAAAAUGAUAUUGUUAUAUACUGAAAAGUACUAAAGACAAACGUUUAUGGAGUCCAGUACAUUUUGUCAAUUUACAGAUCAGCCAUACAUAUCCUUGUUGUGAUUAUUGAUGAAGCCAGGUUUAUUUGUUGUUUCAUGUCUGUAAUUAAUAAACCUCAGAUUUAUGAUAUGUUUUCUGGAUACUAUGGUGAUAUAUAGAGUGGGGAAAGGAACAUUUGUUGCAAACACUUUAUCAUUAUCUUAACCUGCUGGAUAUUUUAUAAACUUACGCAGAAAAAGUAUCCUGAAUAUUUUUGAGGAUAUUUUUAUGAAGCUGUGUGCUCAGUCUUUACUACAUAAAAACAUCCCCCCCCAAAUAGUCAUGACCCCGAACUUUUGUUGUCAGGUUUGUUAUAGGCAUAUGUGGUAGUCAUUCCUAAAUAAUGAUUUCUCAAUUCAAAUGGAAUAUAAACGUUAAACACUCUCGCAUGACAAUUCUACAUGUAAUGAUGGUGAUCAAACACACAUAAAUAGCUGAACCUUCUUAUAAAGGAACCAUCCAGAGCUGAAAACUAUAAAAUGUGGAUUUUGUUGCAAUAUACUGAAAAUGAAUUUGGAAAAAUAUUUUCAAUCUAAUGGCUGUGUCAAGGCACAUCCAGUGAGGAUCAAGGAUGAUAGAACUUACGUCAUUGCUGAUGAGCAGAUAUGUAAAUCUUGUUACAGUCUUGGGAAUCUGUCAUCUUCUUGAUCCUAGUCUUCGUCCAAGGUAUGCCGACAUAUGCAUCAUAGGAGUGUACUCCUCUUGGACUUGGAUUCCAUUACCGAUCAUUAGCAAUUUACUGGGACCAAGGAUUAUAUCUCUACUUGGACCCAUGUAUAUUGAUGAUGAAAUGGCGCUGAGAGAAAUGUCUGCUUUAGUUCUAUCCUCAUACCAUUACCAUGAUACAAUCCAACACUUGAUAUUAAUUAUCUUUGUUUGUUAAAAAUCUAAGUAUCUCUUCCCUUCUCCCCACCCCAGCCGAGAUGUACAUAUUUUGUGUUGAUAAAAAUGCACUUGUAAAUUUGUCAUAGCAUCAUCAACCACAUCAUUCUGUAAAAGAGCAAUAUGUUUUCUUAAUGCAUUGUCCAGAUCAUUAAUUGUUGUAUAUAUACAGACACCUGUCCAGUCAUUUUGUGUGCAUUGUUACAGCAUCUACUGAAAGUGGCCAUAAGUGAGCUCGCACUUUGUAUUUCUUCACAGGAUCUCCAUUAAUACAAUGUAGCAAGAUAAUAUUUCCAAGUCGACACACCUUUUGUGUAGUUAUGCUUUUCACUUGUACUUACACUUUACACCAAAGAAUGCGAAAUAAAGUGACCCAUGUCACGUUUAGGUAUAGUAUUAACAGAGAACAAGGUGCUGGGAUCUAUUGACAUUAUUUUUGGAAGUGACAUUAUAUUUGCUUCACAGAACCCUGCGGGCUCACAUAUAUAGCUGCUUACACUGCUGUGUUGUAGUAAAAUGAUCAGUGUAUCAAUGAUCCAUUCAUGAUUCUUGCCAUGUCCUCAUUAUCAAUUAUCAAGGUCCUCAUUGAAAAUGAAAAUGUAAACCAUCAUACUUCGGAUCUACCUCCUUGAUAAGCAACUAUAAUCAUUUCCCUUCAGUUCUUCUACUACUCAAUUCUGUAGCCUGAGUAUCACCACUCUCAAUUUAGGUAAUCAUAGAUAAGAACUGACUUUUGGUGGGGGACACUCAUCUUGGAUUAUCCAGUGCAUCGUGGCUCUCUCCUGAAAAAGAGUUCGGCAUAGAUCUACAUCUAAAAGCAAGCCCUCAUAUUUAAGUGAAUUGGAAAUCUAAUAAAUGAUCUUUUGACUUAUAAAGACAUAUUCUUGAGUAUUAAGACACAGGAUGGAAGACCUUAUGCUGCAACACAUUCGCAGUUGUAUUCGAGAUGGAACGCAAGAAGGCAAGUUGUGCACUGGGGAUAUUAUUAGUUGUAAUAGUAUCAAGAGGGGUAUGUGUGGCUUAAGCCUCCCACGUUAGGCUUUAUACCAUGAGCUGAGGUUAACUUGGACUGUGUCACAUGACUUUGUCAUUGACUGGUAAACAACAUGCAGCCUUUUGCUUUGUAUCAGGGCAUAAGGGAUUUUAUUCUCCAGCUCAGAAAAUCCAUGUGCAGCCUGUUUUCUUCAUGGUGGGGUAUAAAGGAUUUAUUCUCCCCCUCAGAAAAUUAUUUCCUUAGGAGGCAGGAUAGGCUCAUUUAUUUCAUAUUUUUACAGAUGAGUCUGCCCUGAAUCUUUACAAAAUUCAAAAUGUGCAAAACUUGCACUUAUUUUGAACAUCAUCUUUACUUUUAUUUCAAGAGCAUUUUUUAGGAAAUGUAUGUCACAACAUAAAAUAUCUCUAGCAUUCUGGCAUCUAUAUAUUAAAGUGAAACAAAACUUUAUGAUAGGCACUGAAAACUGGAAUUAAGAAUUAUUUCUUUGAUAGGUUAAUUGCGAGAUAUUUAUCAUUGAUAUGUUAUUGUAUUGCAGUAUGUGUUUCAUUGUAAAUAGCAACAGUGCUUUCAUGUUUUUGUUUUCAUAUGUUUAUCACCUAUGUUGAAUAAUCAUUGUUGAUUUGUUUGUUUAUACAUCUAUUGAAAUUAUCAUUCAGAUGACUUCCAAGAGGUUAGCUUUUAAUUAAUUAAAACAAAUAUGUAAGUUUAAACGUAACCAUUUACAAUAUUCUAUGUAUAAUGUAUCAUGUGCAGUCAGUGGUUUUAAUUGUGAUUAAGGAUACAUUUCAAAUCAUCACUCAAGAUAAAUCUCAAAAUGAAACUGUCAUCAGAGCCACAUAGUUCUCAUUGUAUUUGUGAGUUGAAACAUAAAGUCAUAAAAGCAGAAUUUCAGCCAUAUUGUAAAUAAUGGAAUUUCAUUAACACUGAGAACUAACAAGUUGAAAUUAUCGGAUUUGGUACUUUUCUCUUGUUUAGAACAAGUGUAUCUUCAAAUGGCCUCAUUCAAAACAAAAAGGCACAUUUGGAAUAAUAUAUAGAUGUUGUUUUUUUAGACUGACCCAAGUGUGGACAUCAGUCUGAUAAAAGACUCUUAUGCAGAUUCUCUCUAGGUGAAUUUUGUUCAAUGGAUAGCACAGCCACCAAGUAUGGAAUUUGGGGCACCUCGAACACCUCAGAGUUUAGUGGCAUCAAAUAUUUCUGCCUAGUGCAUGUGGAAUCAUGUGAUCAGUAUUCAAAUUUGCAUAUAGCAAGGACAUGUGGACAUGACAAGGUUACAAGGAUAGGUUUGCUUAGAACAUGAAACAGGUUCUACCAGUUGGUGAAUAUCAGAAUACUGUGAAGUACUUAGUCUACAUUGUACAAUUGAAACACAAAAGAUGAAAUGUAAAUUUUUGUUUAUAUUCCCCCAUUAAUUAAAAUCUGUACUGCAUGUUGUUUAUCUCACACAGUAGACUAGACUUACAUCUGAAUUGUGUAUUUCAUCCCAUCAACACUUUCACACUCGAUUCCAGUUCUGUGUAAUAUUCUGCUCUUUAUUUCUGUGCAAAAUAUUGUUGAUUUUAUUGUCUUCAUUACAUGUUAAAAUCUGGUGUUAAUAUUUUGCCCCAAAUCUUAUUUAUUUUGUGUGACCCUUUUGAAUAAAACACAGUGUCUUUGUAAAUAUUGGUAAGCAAUUGAAAGAUGAAUAAAUUCAUUUUGCAUAAA